CACUUGAAGGAAGUUGACGCACAUCUGCAGGUGUCUGGGUAGACGACGUGUGUUCACCCUGAUUGGCAGCGUUUGCAGUCUGUCUACUCUGCCGCGUCCAUCUGCCUCCUAUUCGUUGGCACGCUCCAUCACCUCCCCCCUCGGUCCCCACCACCGCUCCGCUUCUUCGCCCCAUCGUUGGCCGCAUUCCGAGCGACGGUCGGUGGGAACAACUCGACGCAUGAGCAGCCCAAGUGGGGCAUGUGCGAACCAUGAGAGGACGCUUAAUCGGCAGAACGGAGCCCCACUGUCGCAGAGGGCUAUAGAAGGAAGAAAAGGAGAAGGGACGAAGACGAAGGGACAGCAAGCAUCUUUGCUGUGAUUUAUUUUAGGGGCCACGGGGGAUUCUCCUUCAAAGUGCGGAGGAACAGGGACGAGCUGUGACAUCUUUUUUUGCUUCCCGAAUUGGAACAUGUGUCGGAAUUACCCGGUGCGGGUCAACAUGUGAAGGCUAUUGUCGACGUUUCGCUUCUUUUUGGGACGACAACGUUGCCUGACGUCUUUUUUUUUUUUUUUUUUUUAAAUAGGGCGCACCGUUAUAUUCUAAUCUAGCCAGCUUCUUAUUUGUAAAUAUCGAAUUUGUUGCGCCGGCGGCUCUAGCGUCGUUUUGGAUUCCCACGAGUUUUUGAGAAAACAUAAGAGGACAUUUACCCCUCCUUUAAAAAAAAAUAUGUUAUUUUUCUUUAUUUGAUUAUUAUUAUUUUAAGAAAUCCACCUCCCCCCCCUUCCAACCUCUUACGUAAAUGUUUGCGUGCAGUUAGUGCUUCGGUUGCCGGUUAAAUCCCCCCCUCCUCCACCAUUUGCCCUCUUCCGCUGAAUACACAGACACUUAUUCUGUGCACACAGGCUCACCUGAGCAUACACACUAUGCAUACAUAAUUGCACAGACGGACACGCAUUAAGCCACCCCUCAGCAACCGAUGAGUCCGCGUUAUAUAGGUAGACGUGACACGGACCCGGCUGUAGCAUCCUUCGCCUCCUCCCCCUCCUCGCCGCCACGAUCUUCAGCGUCCUCUCUCUCGCCUCGCCACCAUGUCCUCCUCGUCGCGCAAGAUCUCCUCGGAGUCUUUCAGCAGCUCGGUGGGCUCCGAUUGCGGGCUAGAAAGCCCCGGGGGGGAUGGAGGAGACACGGGGCUGGAGGCGGCCGAGGAGCUCCGAGGAUGCCCCUUCUCGUCCUUCCACAGACCGCUCCUCUGGAACGGCCGCAGCCCAGCCGAGAGGCUGGCGUGCCCAGCGGGUGAGGAGCAGUCGGGAGUCGUCGGGCCACACAAGAGGGUGACCAGGAGGAGAAGGGUUAACCUGGACUCGCUUGGGGAGAGCCUGAGGCGGCUGACAUCACCCACGACACAGACUGUUCAAGAGGCUUUGGAGAGGACUCUGAAGUUUUACAGGCAACAAGAAAUCAGGUGUCCGGAUUCUGGUAAGGAGGACCUGAAAAGUGAAAGCCAAGAUGAGAAGUGCCCAUUUCUAGAAAAUUCUGGUUCAGAAGAGGAUGUUCUUCAAAUUCUACAGUACAUGGCCACCAUACUGGGAGUACCAUUCUUUGAGCUGCGUGAGCACUUUGGCGAGGAAUUUUUUGGCCUUUGCUUUGAAGAAAAUGAGCGUGUGCUCAGGGCUGUUGGUGGCAACCUCCAUGACUUUUUUAACGGCUUUGAUGCUAUUUUGGAACACAUACGCACCUCCACGGGUCGCCGUGCCUCAUCGGAAAGCCCUUCCUUUCAGUGUAAGGAUCCCCACGAGGAAGAGAAGGGCCGGAGAAAAUUGGACAAAGCUGGAGAGAAAGGAGCACAAGAUGGCCGAGGGAAGUUGCUACUCCUACAUUGUUUUAACCCUGCACCUGUGGUAGGAUUGGUCAUGCCUGGGCUAAUCAAAGCAGUUUCCAGACGAAUCUUUCAUUCAGAAGUGGAAGUAGAAGAAGUGUCCCCUCUGACUCCGUUAUUGCCUAAAGAAGAUGCAUGUCACAACUAUGGCGAUUCCACUACACCAACUCCAACUGGGUCCCCAUCCGCCUCCCCUUCCUACUCCCCCUCCCCACCCUCAACAUUCCCAACCACGGCUCCUACAGUAUAUAUAUCCUUCCAAAUCCAAGAAACUCGUCAGUCGUACCCCAUCCUAAAUGCUGCCCCCGUAUGUCCCAAAAAGUCCUCCUUCUCACUUUCUACCAACCCCAGUGAUUUACGCAUCGGCCUGGCCACAUUUUGCCGUGCCUUUCCAUUUCACCUUGUUCUCGGCCCUGGGAUGGAACUUCUGCAGCUUGGCGAGGGAUUCAGGAGGCAGGCUCGUAUCGAGCCACAUCGGAUUCUCUGGUUCAGCGACUGUUUUGAGAUUGUAUCACCUAAGAUGGAGCCUUCGUUCCAAGGGAUCCUACUGAGACUUGCAUCUCCUUUUACUAUCCGAACAAGACCUGACACCACGCAGUUGGGGACCAAGGAAAAGGUCAUGGAGUUGAAGGGUCAAAUGAUCCAUGUACCAGAAUCCUGUUCGCUGAUGUUUUUGGGCUCACCCCGUGUUGACAAAUUGGAGGAACUGAUGGGCCGGGGCCUCCACUUGUCAGACAUCCCAAUCCACGACGCCACACGGGAUGUCAUACUGGUGGGGGAGCAGGCCAAAGCUCAGGAUGGCCUCAAAAAGAGGAUGGACAAGCUCAAGGCGACAUUAGAGCGUACGCACCAGGCAUUGGAAGAGGAAAAGAGAAGAACUGUGGACCUGCUGUAUUCCAUAUUUCCAGGCGACGUGGCUCAAAAACUUUGGCAGGGUCAACCAGUGCCUGCUCGCAAGUUCGAUGACGUCACCAUGCUGUUCUCUGACAUUGUGGGCUUCACCGCUGUGUGUGCACAGUGCACGCCUAUGCAGGUCAUCUCCAUGCUGAAUGAGCUGUACACUCGCUUUGACUACCAGUGUGGCAUUCUAGAUGUUUAUAAGAUAGAGACCAUAGGUGACGCCUACUGCGUGGCAGGAGGUCUUCACAAAAAAGUCGACAGUCAUGCAAAGCCCAUCGCACAUAUGGCUCUGAAGAUGAUGGAACUUUCUGAAGAAGUCCUCACACCUGAUGGAAAGCCUAUUAAGCUGAGAAUCGGCAUCCAUACAGGCUCCGUCCUGGCUGGUGUGGUUGGAGUCAAAAUGCCUAGGUAUUGCCUAUUUGGAAACAAUGUGACGCUGGCUAGCAAGUUUGAAUCAGGGAGCCAUCCGAGGUGUAUCAAUGUCAGCCCCACAACCUACCAGUUGCUUAAAGAUGACCGUUCGUUUUCCUUCGUUCCUCGUACCCAACUAGAGCUCCCUGAGAAUUUCCCCAAAGAGAUUCCAGGAACCUGUUAUUUUCUGGAAGCGGGAACGUCUCACAGCCAUGCAUCAUUGACCAGCUCUCGCUCUGCGCCCCCGGCCUCUAUGAGGAAGGUGUCCUACAGCAUUGGUACCAUGUUUCUAAGAGAAACAAGUUUGUAGGCAUCACACAGUCUUAAACGUACAUGGCUGCUGAGGAUGUGGGAGACCAGCAUUUGAACCUGUGCAGCUGACAGGACACCCAAUAACACACAUCAUGGAUAUGCAAAUGACUUGGGCUCACUGCUUUGGGAUGGAAGGACAUACAGUAAAUGUAAUGAUUUUUUAAAAAUUAUUAUUGCAGAGGAAAAAUGUGAGUCCUUCAUGGGAUUAUGUAGUGAAGAAAAUUGAACAUGUUGAAAGCAAGCUCUCCUCUGCAGUGUCACAGGAAGAACCUUUCCAGUCUUGAGGUUUCAAUACUUUGACAAAAGCUGGAGCGAUCCAUUGAUAGCUGAACAGGAUUUACACUGCUAACUGUGAAGGAGGCUCUGUGACCUACUGUGGGACUGGCUUGUAGACACAGAAACCACUCAUGAAGAACAACACACACCUCCUUCCAUCCCUUCCAACUGAAAGAAUUCAUGCCCUCUGUCCCAUUAACAUUGAUGUGCAUUACAACAACCCCUCUGCUCGAGGAACAGUGACACGGGGCAGUGGAGAGAUGGACGAGAAGCCGCAUUGAGGGGAUAGUUUUGAAGAAAAAAAAAGCUAAUAUUAAAAAAAAAAAAACAUGACCCAAAUUGCUAGAACUAGAGCCUUUUACUGCUUUAGACUCACAGCCAACUGCAAUCCACAACAAUCCAGCCAUUUCAGUGCAGGUAAUUUGUUCGAAGUCUCAGUUUCAAGCGAUUAUCUCAGCUCAGUGCCUUUUACUGCUCGAAUCAGGACAAAAAAAGAAGAAAAAAAAAGAAAAACGCCCACUGAAUGGAUUAAAAUUCAGAUAUCUGAUGGGGGAAAGCAGCACAUCGACACACGUGUCCUCAAUUUUUUCCCCCUGACAUUGUAAGGUUUCCACCAUCUCUGCCCUGAGAAAGAUUCUGACCAAUGAGAGCUAGUUAUUGAACAAGUUCCCGAUAUACUUUGAAGGUCACUACUGUAGUUACCAGCUAAUGUUGACAAUUGGAGUAACGAGAGGGGAAAUAACUAAUAAAGUGCACUUCAUAUUUCCUAAUAUUUUUAAAUUGCAUUUAUCCAUUAAGUUCUACCAAUAAUACACAAAACCGUUUAGCGCAUAUGCACUUAUAGUCACAGCAUAUGCAACACAGGGCACGUUUGCGUAAGUAGUUUUUUUCCCCAACUCUAUUCGGAUUCUAUUCUUCAUUUUCCUGCAACAUACUUGAAAUCUCAGGCCUUCCAAAUGUGUCAGUGUAGCUCAGUAACAGAUAAUUGAAAUAAUUUUAGAUGGUCAUCCUUUGUAAAUUGAACUGGUGAUGACAUUGAUAGGUUGUUUAACAUGCAUAUGUACUGUAUGUAACAGCAUUGGUAAACUCAUACAUAUUUGGUUAUGUUUUUUUUUCCAAAUAGCAGACAUUUUUCUCUAGGGAUGCAAAUAAUAAACAAAAAAGUGAUCUUUAAGCAA